GCUCGAGACCCAAGAGGCAUGAGCGUGUAAAUACAUAGGCUCACCACUACAAGACACUUUAGUCCAGCUUGUCUUGUCAUCUAACUCUUAUCCCCCGUCUAUUUUCUCUAUUUUUAGUAUUUACAUAUAAAUCUUUUCCUAACUAUCUCUUUAUAAUAAUCCACUACAUCAGUAUAUACUUCACACCACUGGUACUACUUUUCUCUCACAUUGAUCCAAUCUCUACUUUCCAGGGCUUUCAGAUUCUAUCUUAAAGGGCAGGCAGGUAUGGCGAAUGGUGGAGCUUUGGAUCUUACUUCUCAUCUUGGUGGAAAGAUUCAGAAAGAUGAUGUUCUUGAUGCUGUUGACAAGUAUGAGAAGUAUCAUGUUGCUUUUGGAGGGGAAGAAGAAGGGAGAAAAGCAAACUACACGGACAUGGUUAAUAAAUACUAUGAUCUAGUCACAAGCUUUUACGAAUAUGGUUGGGGAGAAUCAUUUCAUUUUGCACCCAGAUGGAAAACAGAAUCUCUUCGAGAAAGCAUCAAGCGGCAUGAACAUUUCCUUGCUCUACAACUGGGUCUUAAGCCUGGGCAGAAGGUUCUGGAUGUAGGAUGCGGAAUUGGUGGACCACUGAGGGAAAUAGCUAGGUUCAGUUCCACUUCCGUUACAGGGCUGAACAACAAUGAAUAUCAGAUAACAAGGGGAAAGAAACUAAAUCACAUGGCAGAACUAGACCAGACCUGUAAUUUUGUGAAGGGAGAUUUCAUGAAAAUGCCAUUUCAAGAUAAUAGUUUUGAUGCAGUCUAUGCAAUUGAAGCUACUUGCCAUGCCCCUGAUGCGGUCGGGUGCUACAAAGAGAUUUAUAGAGUGUUAAAGCCCGGUCAAUGUUUUGCUGCAUAUGAAUGGUGCAUGACUGAUUCCUUUGAUCCCAGCAAUGCAGAUCACCAAAGAAUCAAGGCUGAAAUUGAGCUUGGUGAUGGCCUCCCUGACAUCAGGUUGACUACACAAUGUAUUGAAGCUUUGAAACAAGCAGGUUUUGAAGUCCUAUUCGAAAAAGAUCUGACGAUUGGCUCACCCUUACCUUGGUAUUUACCUCUGGAUAAAAGUCAUUUCUCGCUAAGCAGUUUCAGGUUAACAGCACUUGGACGUUUUAUAACAAAAAACAUGGUUGUUGCCUUAGAAUAUGUUGGAAUUGCACCAAAGGGUAGCCAAAGAGUUCAAGCUUUCUUGGAGAAAGCUGCAGAGGGACUUGUUGCUGGUGGAAAGAAAGAGAUAUUCACACCAUUGUACUUCUUCUUGGCUCGGAAGCCUCUUUCAAGUUAAAUCGGUGUGCCUCUAUUGAAUUCUUUGUGAGGAUUUCAAAGGGAUAACUAGCUAUGAAAUUGGUGCUAGACCACUAAUAGAACAUCAGUGGUAGAUGGUUUCAGUUUGUGAGUUGUGUUUCUUUUUUCCCGUAAUAGUGUUUCAUUGGUUUUCCGGGGGAUGAUCUGUGCAUUACUUAGUUCAUGUACAACACUUAAAAGUUGUUUGAGCUUUCAAGAGAUGUUAGUUUUCUAAAUUAA